CAUAUAGUCGCCUCGAAGAUGGAGUCGGAGAGCUAUCAGCUAGAUCGUGUCCUAAAGGAAUCGCGGUCAUCCCAUUCCAGUCACACUGCGCAGGGAGAGACCGAUGAAAGGCCUCUUCCUCGAGCGAGCAUCUCAGCAGAAGGACAAGAAAGUAUCAUCCAGCUUGCAAGAAGACUCACCACUCAGUCUGUCUCGCGCAAUCAAACCAACGAUGCCCUCCCCAACCCCUUCAUCGAUGGCAGCGACCCGCGACUCGAUCCACAGUCGGACCAGUUUGACGCUGCUCGAUGGGCACGACUGUUCCUGCAACUGUCCUCGGCCGAUCCCGAAAAGUAUUCUAAGCGCAAGGCCGGCGUUUCUUUUCGCAACCUGAGUGUCUCGGGAGUUGGGAACCCGAUCGCAUACCAGCAGACGUUUGCGGGAAUAAUACAGCAGCCACUGGACAUUGCACUGAGCCUGCUGCAUCCGAGAGAUAGGUCGAUUCAAAUCUUGAAGCAGCAUGACGGAUUGGUGCGAAGCAAGGAGAUGUUGCUCGUGCUUGGGCGGCCUGGAAGCGGCGUUUCUACUCUCCUAAAGACCAUCGCUGGUGAAACAAGAGGACUCAGUCUUGAUUCUCCGUCACGCCUAAACUAUCAAGGAAUCCCUCAACACACGAUGCACCGAGAGUUCCGCGGCGAUGCGAUUUACCAGGCCGAGACAGAGGUCCAUUUCCCUCAGCUUACGGUCGGACAGACGUUACAAUUCGCAGCACUGGCCAAGACGCCGCGCAAUUGCCUUCCGGGAAUAUCGCGAGAGACAUAUGCUGCACAUCUUCGUGACGUCGCGAUGGCAGUCUUUGGUAUCUCGCACACGCUGAACACAAGGGUUGGAGAUGACUUCAUCCGUGGUGUGAGUGGUGGCGAACGCAAGCGCGUCAGUAUUGCAGAGGUCGCCCUCGCCCAGAGUCCUAUCCAGUGUUGGGAUAACAGUACAAGGGGCCUUGAUAGUGCAACUGCAGUGGAAUUCGUCAGAACGAUACGACUCUCGGUGGACAUUGUGCAAACUGCGGCCAUAGUCUCAUUGUACCAGGCCCCUCAGCAGGCCUACGACCUAUUUGAUAAAGUCACCGUACUAUAUGACGGUCGGCAGAUCUACUUUGGGCCGAUCGACCAGGCUGAACAAUACUUUGUCAACAUGGGAUACCACCGCCCCGAUCGGCAGACCGUGCCAGAUUUCCUCACUUCAGUGACCAGUCCAGCCGAACGGAGAGUUCGGCCAGGGUUCGAGAGCCAGGUUCCUCGCACAGCGGACGAGUUUGCCGCCCGAUGGCAUGAGAGCGACCUAGCCAAAGCCGUCUUGAAUGAGAUUGCCUCGUUUGAAGAGCAAUACCCAGAAGGAGGCCCCUCUGUAGACGAGUUCCGUGCUGCGAGACAGACAGAGAAGGCUACACUGAUGGCGCCAAAGUCCCCCUAUACGAUUUCGGUCCCCCAGCAAGUGGCGCUCUGCGUUCGGAGGGGUUAUCAGCGAAUCAUGGGAGACAAGACUUUCUUCAUCGUUACAGUCUUUGGCAAUUUCUUGAUGGCUCUUUUGCUUGGUAGUGUCUUCUACGACUUGUCUGAUGACACUUCGAGCUUGAACAACCGGUGCAUCCUGCUGUUUUUUGCACUGCUGUUCAACGCACUGAACAGUUCUCUCGAGAUCCUGUCAUUAUACACCCAAAGACCCAUCGUCGAGAAACAUAAUUCGUACGCAUUCUACCAUCCACUGUCUGAAGCCCUUGCCUCGGUGAUCUGCGACCUUCCUUCGAAGUUUCUGAGUACUUUGGCCCUCAACAUCCCUCUAUACUUUAUGGGCAAUCUGAAUCAAAGCGCUGGGGCAUUCUUUACCUACCUUCUUUUCGGCAUCACAUCCACCUUGACCAUGUCGUCCAUCUUCCGUACUAUUGGCCAGGCAACCCAAACAAUCGCUCAAGCAUUGACUCCAGUGGCACUGUUUGUUAUCGGUCUAGUUAUUUAUGCUGGCUUCAUACUUCCCAUACGCAACAUGCAAGGCUGGCUGCGCUGGAUCAACUACAUCAAUCCCCUUGCAUAUUCAUACGAGGCCAUGGUCGCAAAUGAAUUCCACGGGCGAAAUUUCCCUUGCACCAGCUUAAUCCCAGCGGGUCCUGGUUACGAAGAUGUUAGCAAUCUGGAGCGUACUUGUUCCAUUCCUGGUGCCGUUCCUGGCGGCAGCGAUGUAGCCGGCGAUGCCUAUGUCGCCGCCAGCUAUGAGUACCAAUUUUCCCAUGUUUGGAGAAAUUUUGGUAUUUUGAUUGGCUAUAUCGUGUUCUUUACCUGUGCGUAUAUCCUCGUUGCGGAGUACAUUGUGCCGGAUAAGCCACGCGGGGAGGUCCUUCUUUUCCAACGCGGGCACAGGCAAGUCACGCACGAAAAGCCCCAGCGCGACGAGGAAUCUGCUACCGAGCCCAGACAUGUUGGUGAAGAAUCCAUCAAUGGUCCGCCGCCAUACAGCAAGGAAGCGAGACAAAUCAACCUUCAAAAGCAGAGCGGGGUCCUACACUGGAAAGACGUAUGCUAUGAAGUGUCAAUCAAAGGCCAGCCCCGGUUGAUUUCGGACCAUAUCGACGGUUGGGUGCGACCGGGCACACUAACUGCAUUAAUGGGAGCCUCAGGCGCUGGAAAAACAACUCUUCUCGAUGUGCUCGCGAAUAGGGUGACUACUGGAGUCAUUACUGGGGAUAUAUGUGUCAACGGACGCCCUCGAGAUCUCUCCUUCCAGCGGCAGGUUGGUUAUGUCCAGCAGCAAGAUCUACACCUACAAACGACCACGGUACGAGAGGCUCUCCAGUUCAGUGCCUGCCUGAGGCAACCUUCGCAUGUUCCUAUGCAGGAAAAAAUGGAUUACGUGGAAGAGAUUAUUGCGCUUCUGGAAAUGGAAGCCUAUUCUGGUGCUGUUGUCGGCGUCCCUGGUGAGGGCUUGAAUGUUGAACAGCGGAAGAGACUUACUAUCGGUGUGGAACUCGCUGCAAAGCCUGAUCUUCUUAUUUUUCUGGAUGAGCCGACUUCCGGGCUUGAUAGCCAAACGGCGUGGUCCAUAUCGACCCUGCUCAGAAGAUUGGCAGACCAUGGGCAGGCGAUUCUAUGCACGAUCCAUCAACCUUCGGCGAUGCUUUUUCAACAGUUCGAUCGCCUCCUCUUACUUGCGAAAGGUGGCCGCACGGUCUAUUUUGGCGACAUUGGUGAAAAUUCACGGACGAUGGUGGACUAUUUCGAACGCCAUGGCGCUGAGCCUUGUGCGCCUGAAGCGAACCCUGCGGAAUGGAUGUUGCAUGUCAUCGGGGCUGCUCCUGGAAGUACCGCCAUUCGUGACUGGCCCGAGAUGUGGAAAUCGAGUCCUGAAUUUACCCAGAUCCGUAAUGAGCUGGAGCGGCUCGAGAACUCCAACGUUGACUCGGUUCCGGAAGCAGAAGCCCCCCAGCAGCAGUACGCUGCUCCGUUCCAUACUCAAGUGUUUCUCUGUACCAGGCGGGUGUUUGAGCAGUACUGGCGCACACCUUCAUAUCUCUACAGCAAGUUGAUUCUUUGCUUUGGAACCGCUCUUUUUAUUGGCCUCUCCUUCCUACAGACUGAAGUAACCUUGAUGGGUCUCCAGCAUCAAAUGUUCGCCAUCUUCAUGUUGUUGGUGAUUUUCGCUUUCCUCGCAUACCAGACAAUGCCCAACUUUAUCAUGCAGCGGGAUCUAUACGAAGCAAGGGAGCGACCGUCCAAGGUUUACUCGUGGUCAUCCUUCAUGCUCGCUAAUAUCCUUGUCGAGCUUCCGUGGAAUACUCUCGCUGCCGUUAUCACCUUCCUUCCAUUCUACUAUCUCAUCGGAAUGGACAAGAAUGCGGAGGUGACAGACACAGUCACCGAGCGGGGUGGGCUCAUGGUUCUCCUGAUCUGGUCCUUCAUGAUGCAUUGCGCAACAUUCACCAGUAUGGUUGUUGCCGGUGCUCCGACGGCAGAGGUUGGGGCCAUCAUCGCACUCAUCAUGUACUGCAUGUGUCUGAUUUUCUGCGGAGUUAUGGUCCCAUCUACUGCCCUCCCCGGCUUCUGGAUAUUCAUGUAUCGCGUAUCUCCCCUCACCUACCUCAUCAGCGGGAUGCUCUCAGCAGGCCUUGCAAAGACGCCAGUGACAUGCAACGAGAUCGAACUAGUCACCGUGCAGCCAGCCAACGGCCAGAACUGCGCCGACUAUCUCGCUGCGUAUAUGCAAGUCGCCGGCGGAGAGGUGUACAACCCGAACGCAACAGAAAACUGCCAAUUCUGCCCCAUGGCUUCCUCCGACGCAUUCCUGGCAUCUGUAGGCUCUGACUACGGGGAUCGAUGGCGCAACUUUGGGCUGAUGUGGGUUUAUAUCAUCUUUAAUGUGGCAGCGGCUCUUGCACUAUACUGGCUUCUCAGGGUUCCGAAGUCGGGGGAGGGUGCUAGGAGGACGCUUGGGAACGCGGUGGGUUCUUUGAAGAGGAUGGUGAUUAGUAGCUAA